AUGGCAGUAGAUCGUCGAGACACUCUUUGUGUAGAAAUAUAUUCAAAUAUUGUUAAUUUUAUAAUAAACAAAAUUAAUUUAGAAUUAAAUGAAGAAAAUAAAAUAAUUAAUUGGAGAAAUGGUCAACAACAAAAAUUUGUAACUGUUGGAUUGGCAGAUUUUCAAAGUUUAGAAAAUAAAUUGAAAAAUGGGAAUAAUUUUGAACAAUUAUGUAUUAAUUAUGGUGCUGAAUGUUUACAACAAUUUUUUAUUAGAAGAAUAUUUACUUUGGAACAAGCAGAAUAUGCAGCACAAUGCCUUCCUGAAUGGGAAGAGAGAUGUGCAGCCCUUCCCUACCUCGAUAAUCUUCAAGUACUUGAAAUGCUUGCUGUUCAACCAUUAAGUGUAAUGAGUGUUAUUGACGAUAUAAGUAUUGCCCCCGAAGCUUCUGAUACAAAUUUACUUUCAAAACUCCACUCAUCCCAUUCAAAUAAUGAAAGUCUCUACCAAAAACCUAAAUCAUCUUUACUUAAUCAAUUUGCAAUUAGACAUUAUACUGGAUUAGUACAAUAUAAGGUGGAAGGAAUGAUUUUAAAGAAUAAAGAUUAUUUUCCCUCAGAACUUUCAAAAUUAAUAAAUGAAAGCGAAUUAAAAUUUUUACAAAAAAUAUUUCAAAAUAAAGAAGAAAAUAAUGAGGAGGGUGAUGAAAUAAGUAAUGAAUUGAGUGAAGAAGAAUUGAAUGAGAAUGGAAAUAAUGAAUUUAAAAUUAAAAGAAUUAAACAAAAUACUCAAUGCACAAUUGUUAGACGAUCAAUGAAUGAACUUAUGCGACGUCUAGAAAGCUGUCCAGAAGCAUUUUUUGUUCGUUGUCUAAAAACAAAUGAUGCACAAAAAGAAAAGUUAUUUGAAACCGAAACUGUUUUACGUCAAAUGCGGCAAUUUGAUAUGCUUUCCACAGUGGCUAUGUGUCGUGCCACUCCACCUAAUUAUUGUGAUUGUGCCCACACAACAGGAUUUAUUUGUCGAACAAUUUUUGGGGAUUCUUGUACAGAAUUUGUACAAUUUGGAAAGAAUAAAGCAUUUUUAAAAUCAGAACAACAUCAAUUUUUAGAAAUGUUACGUUCUCGUCGUCUACAUUGUUGUGCUGCUUUAGUUCAAAAAUGUUUGCUUGGAUGGGCAAAAAGACAGCAAUAUGCAAGAUUACGUUGGGCAACUUUAAUAUUUCAAAAACAUUGGAGGGGGCUUGUUGAAAGGAAAAAAUUUAAAAUUAUAAUUAGAGGUGUCACUCGUUUACAAGCAAUAAUUCGUUCCCAUCAACUUGUAAUUCGUUAUCAAUGGCUAAAAUCUUUAAUUGCUCAUUUUCAGGCAUUUAUUAACAUUUGUUUCUAUAAUUUUAUUUUUUAUUUAAAGGCAAAUUGCCGAGCUGUUUUAAUUCGUUAUCAACUUCAAUGUUUAGUUACACGAGCUGAACGUCAUUGUGCAAUGAUGGCUAGAUUAGAUUGUCAAAUGGAAGAUGAAGGAGAACCCCCAGCAUUGGAUUUACAUGAAAAUGAAUUAAAUAAUAUUAUUAAAGAAAAGAAUUUUGGAUCAUUAAAAAUAUUAAAAUAUUCAAAUGAAAAAAAUUGUAUGGAAAAGGAGUUAAAUAAUAAAAAUAUUAAAAGAAUUACUAAUAAUAAUAGUAAUAAUGAUGCUUUUAAAUGGAAUAAAUAUGCUUUGGCUAAUUUUCAACAAACAAAAUGCACACCAAAACAUACACGAACAUUAUUAGAACGUUCUUUACUUUCACAUAAAAAACAUCUAGAUGAAUUAGUUUCAUUGUCAAUUUGGCGUAGAUUAUUACAAUUUAUUGGAGAUUCUGAUGUAACAGAUUUUGCUUCAUUUGACGGCAGAAAUUCAAAAAAUAACAAAAGUUCUUCUUUACCAAUUAUGGCCAAAUUAAAAGCACUUUAUUGUCAAGAUUUUUCUGAUGAUGAAAUUAAUUAUAUUAAAGCUAAUAUUUUGAAUUACCAAACUUUUCAAGAAAAUGGUUAUAUUUUAAAAAAGUCGAUAAAAAUAGCUAAAAAUAUUUUGAUUGGAGAAUUUAAUUGGACAGCUUUUGAUAAAGCUAAAUUUAUUGUUAGUGUUGGGAUUUAUCGAAAUGAAUUGAGAGAUGAAAUAUAUAGCCAAAUAUGUAAACAAAUAAAUUGUAAUCCUUCACCCCUUUCUGCUCGGAGAGGAUGGAUUUUAAUGGCACUUUGUUCUUCUGCAUUUUCCCCCACAAAUCGACUACUUCCUUAUUUACGUAAUUUUGUUAAUUCGAAUGCUCCAAAUAUUUUUUGGCAACGUUAUAUUGCUAAACAAAUGAGUAGAACAAUUAAAUGUGGAGCUAGGAGGGAACCUUGCUUAAAAGCAGAAUUUGCUUUUAUUUGUUCAAUUGAUAAUUUAAAUAAUUCUGGUUUGUUUGUACAAAUUAAUUUGCCGAAUGAAGAAAUUGUUGAUAUUCCAAUUCAUUCACAAACAACAAUUGCCGAUGUUUUUCAAUUUUUAACUGAAAAAAUAAAUUUAAAUGAAUCUUUUGGGUUUGGACUGUUUCUCUCGACUGGACAAAAUAUUCGUUCAUUAGUUGUUGGAGGAGAACGUUUGAUGGAUGCUUUAGCGUUAAUUGAAGAACAAAAUGAUUUUUAUUGGAAAUUAUAUUUACGUAAAGAAUUAUUUUUACCUUUAGAAAAUAAUUCUGAUGAAUUAUUUGUUGACCUUUCUUAUAGACAAAUUAUUAAAGGUUUACAUUAUGGAGAAUAUCAAUGCAAUAAAGAAGAAGAUUUAGCUUUAUUAGCUGCUCAACAAUAUUUUGUUUCAAUAAACGGAAAAUCUACGGAAAUAGAUAUUUCUGAAUUAGAAGACAAUUUAAGUGAAUAUUUACCUUUAAAUAUUUUAAAACAAAAUGAAGAUGUUAAUGAAAAAAGAAGAGAAGAAAUAAAUGAGGAAGAAGAAGAAUGCCAAAAAUGGAUUCAAUUAAUUUUACAUGCUUUUAGAAAAAAAAUCCUUAAUAAUGGUGAAACAUUACCUCCAAGUGUUAAACAAAUAAAAUGUGAUGUUCUUAAAUUUGCAGCCAAACACUGGCCAUUAAACUUUUCUAGAUUCUUCGAAGUUUACAAAUUUUCUGGCCCUCCUCUCCCCGUAAAUCAACUUACUAUGGCUGUAAAUUCACGUGGAAUAUCCCUUUUAGAUGCUCGUUGUUGUGAUAUACAAAAUCAAAAUAAACAACAAAUUUUAUUCGAAAUUGAAUUUAUUGAAUUGGCAAAUAUUGGAUAUGGAAGAUCAAAACAUGAAGGGGCUGAUGCAAUAUUUAUUAGUUUAUUAAAUGGUGAUCGGUAUACUUUUCAAUCGCCUUUAGCUAGAGAAUUGUCACAUUUAUUAUCACAUAUUUUAAAAAGUCUUCACCAAAAUUCAAUUUAUGCUAUAGCAUUAAAAGAUUACAAUCAUUGUACUGUCCAACACAAAAUGCAGACUUCAGAAAAUUCAGUUUUAAGCCUUUUAAAAGGGGAUUUAUUAAUUUUGUCUUCCCCUCUCAAUAAAUAUUUAAAUAAUGAAGAAGGAAAAAAUGAAGAAGAAAAUUAUUUAAUUGAUAAUGUUGAAAAUACUCGUUCAAAAAUGUGUGGAAGAGUUCCCCUUCAUUCAAUAAAUAUUUUGGCUUGCACAGAAAAACCUGCAAAAGAAAAAUUAAAUAAUCUUCUCUCAUCUAGAAAAAUAAUAGAACAAGAAAUAAUAAAUACAAUAGAAUCUAAACAAAAUAAUGAUUUAUUUGAAUACCCAACAUUUUACACAGCUGCUGUAGACCCUUUUGGAAUGCCUUUAAUUUGUGGACCAUUUCCCCAACCACACACACUUGAACGAUUUUCUUCUACAAAUUUCCGAUUACCAGAAGACGGAAAUAGGCCUUCUGACGUUUUCGGCGCUUAUAAUGGAGGAGGAAGUCCAGAACCCGAACUUUGGAGACAUUCUUUUGAGCCAUUACGAGCUCCUUUACUUAAAAGAAUUUCUGAACAAGGAAAUGAAGCAAUUGCUAGAGAAGUAAAUUGA